AUGAAAACAAUGUCACCCUGGUCGAUACCAAGUAUAGCCAACCUCCUAAUGCUCCCCUUAGUCCCAGCCCAAGCCUCAACAGAGACCCCAACUAUCCUCACAACCCCACCAAUGGGCUUUAACAACUGGGCGCGCUUCAUGUGUGAUCUAAACGAGACCCUCUUCACAGAAACAGCCCAAUCAAUGCUAAGCCGCGGACUCCAGCGCGCGGGCUACAACCGCCUCAACCUAGACGACUGCUGGAUGCGCCAUGACCGCGCCUCCGACGGCUCACUGCAGUGGAACACCACCUUAUUCCCGCAGGGCAUUCCCUGGCUGGCGAAGUACGCCACCAGUCAUGGUUUCCACCUUGGGAUCUAUGAAGAUGCCGGCAAUAUAACUUGUGGCGGGUAUCCCGGGUCCUAUGGACACGAGCAGCAGGAUGCGGAGACAUUCGCCAGCUGGGGAAUUGACUAUCUGAAGCUGGACGGGUGUAAUGUCUGGGCUGAAGAUGGUCGGUCGCUUCGUGAGGAGUACCGUGUGCGCUAUGGACAAUGGCAUGAUCUUCUCACAGGAAUGGAGAACCCGCUUAUCUUUUCCGAGUCUGCGCCGGCUUAUUUUGCCGAUAAUGCCUCUGACUGGGCUGUUGUUAUGGAUUGGGUGCCGAGAUAUGGCGAGUUGGCGAGACAUUCCACUGAUGUGUUGGUUUAUGUAGGUGAGGGUAGUGCUUGGGAUAGUAUUAUGAAUAACUACGACUAUAAUACCCUGCUGGUACGCUACCAGGCUCCUGGGUAUUAUAAUGAUCCUGAUUUCUUGAUCCCCGAUCAUCCUGGGUUGACGCAGGUCGAGAAGGAGUCGCAUUUUGCGCUUUGGGCUUCGUUUUCCGCGCCGCUUAUCAUCAGUGCUUAUAUCCCUGCCCUUUCCGAUGAGGAUAUUACUUACCUGAGCAAUUCUGCUCUUAUUACGGUUGAUCAGGAUUCGCUGGCUGAGCAGGCUGCUUUGGUUAGUCGGGAUGGGACUUUUGACGUGCUGACUCGCUCCUUGGCGAAUGGGGACCGACUUCUCACUGUGUUGAACCGCGGGAGUAUCACCGCGAAGACGAGUGUUUCGAUCGCUCGUCUUGGUUUGGCGUCGGAACCACACUGCGAGUACCGCGCUCACAAUCUUUUGACUGGCCGUGUUUCGACUAUACGUGAUGCUGUUGAUAUCAAGCUUGACUCGCACGCUACCAGUGUCUUCCGUAUCACGCCUAGACACUGUACUUCUAUCACACCUACUGGAAUGGUGUUCCAUACUCCGUCCGGUUUGUGUAUGACGGCUUCUUCUGGAAAGGUCACUUUUGAGAAAUGCAGUGCUUUGGACUCCCAGGUCUGGAAUGUUGAUGCCAAGGGUAGCAAGCUGGCUCUAAGUCCGCUGUCAGAUGGAACAACUUGUCUUGCUGCUUCGAAUUUUGGAAAGGGAGUUUCUCUCGCCAAGUGUGAUGGUGCUCGCACGAUUUGGUCGCACUUUGUUACUGGUCAUUUGCAGAAUGAGCAUGUCGGGGGUUGUCUGACUGGAGGGUCUGGAGGUGGAAGUAUCGUGUCUUGCAUGGUUGAUAGUGCGGCGCAGAUCUUUGGGCUGCCUAGUGGUGUUCAACUAGGUGCGAGUGUCUGA